AUGGAUGUUAUCUGCAAGGAUGAAGACAUAGUCCCAGACAUGGUUCCAAUGGCUGAUAUGCUCAACAGGAACCAAUCUCAGCAGGGGAACCAUGAGGAGGAGGAGGAGGAGGAGGAAAAGAGGGGACAGUGGGGAUCACAAGUCGAGUACCUGUUAUCGGUUGUCGGAUUCAGCGUUGGCUUUUCAAACGUGCUUCGAUUUCCAUAUAUCUGUAGUAGAAACGGCGGAGGAAUUCCGAUAGCAGUUUUUGGAUUGAUGAACACGAAGAAGGAAAUGAUGGUGGUAAUGAUUGUGAUAGUGAUCAUUUUGGAAAGCAUGGAGUGGAAGAACAUGAUUCUCUUCUCAGUGAAGAAAUUGCAGUUCUUGAUUAUGUUGAAUGCAAUGGAGGCUAAGAAGUUAUGGGUUCUAGCAGUGUGGAAGGAAAAAGUACAGGAAGAAGAAGGAGUGAUUCCAAGUUCUUGGGUCAAAGGAAAAUAUGUUUUCUGGCCAAGUGGUGGAAAUGCACAGAAAGCUCUGAAAAACAGACGAGAACCAAGCCCAAGUUGGAGUCGUUUUCCUCUUGUCAAAAUUAAGUUUCAGUCUGAUUCACAUCAAGAGUGUGAAGAAUACAAUUACACUACCACCGAAGACUUGUCAGAAGCAGAGGUUGAAGAUACUCAAGCAAAAAGACAACCCAAAAAGAAACAUUAUUCAGACUUCGUUACAGAUGCAGAUGAAAUUAUAAAUGAUCAACGCCAGGACAACCAUAUUGACAGUGAUCAUGAUGAAUCUGAAGAGGGAAUGAGCAAUCAUCUUCCUAAGCCCCCAGAAAAGGUUUCUAGUGCCAGGAAGGAUAGCAAUAAAUCCACAUUUGAAAAGAGAAGCAAUGUGAAAAGAUCCACUUUGGCACUGUACGAAGCACUCAAGACAGUUGUUCCAUCACAAGAUAGAGGAAGGCGUAGUCGCAGCCGUAGUCUCAGUCCCAUAAGAGAUUCAUUGUUGGAGUCAUAUCCGAUGUCAAGAUCAAGAUCGCCAUCGCCUCUACAGCCAAAGAGGCCCAGACUGACAACAGACAGGGUUGGGGAUUGUAGACGGCCUCAGUUUGAAUAUCAUGGGCAAGACAAUAUUAGAGAGGACAGUCCUCGACAUGAGUCCAGGAGAAAGUAG